AUGUUUCGCUCCCGUCGGGGUUUCCGGCCGAAAUUAGUUCACUUCAUACAAAAAUCAACUUUGUAUGGAUCGUGGGCGUUGGGUCUAUUCCCUUUUACAUACGAUGCCUGGGCCAGGAAAUUGAAACCUUCCAGAUGGUUAAUUGUGUACGGGCUCAUUUUGCAUGCAGGUCUCAUCUGGCUUGUGUUAAUGAAUGACACGGAGACGGAGACACCUUCCCGCAUGGAGAUCUUUAAGCGGAAUCCUUUAGCUGAACAAAUCAAUAAUCUACAUGACAUAUUAUCUUUGACAAUCGUUAUGUUUGCUCAUAUACGCAACUAUUGGCGAAGUGAAGACCUUUCAAAAAUACUCAACGAACUCAUGGACAUACAACAUUAUCAGUUCCGGCAUUACCUAAUGAACGAUUGCAAGAACUAUGACUAUUAUAUCAUUUAUAAGGGCUUAUCCAUUCUACUGGAAUUUAUAUCCCUGAUGGUACUUGAGAUUGGUAUGUCUCCCAACUAUAGCCAAAGCUUUAUUUUUGGCAUCGUUAGUCUUUGCAUUGUGCAAUUUUCAAUGCUUUUGCUGGCCAUGCAUUAUCAUCUGGCAGUGGUCACGAUUUAUCGCUAUAUAUGGAUCAUUAAUAAAGAAUUGCUUAUGCUGGCAAAUCGUCUAAGAUCUGGUCGACAAGUGAACGACUUCCGACUUACACAACUUCUUUCCAUCUAUACACGUCUCUUGGAGCUUAAUAGGCGCAUAACUGGCAUUUAUGACUAUCAAAUUACAUGCAUUAUGCUCCUCUUUUUGACUGCCAAUAUCAUUGGCAUAUUCUUGUUCAUAAUUUUCGCCAUCAGCUUAAACAAAACCUUAACCCUGGCUAUAUGGCUCAUAUUCCCCCAGACAUUGCUAGUGAAUUUUAUAGACUUUUGGGUGGGAAUUGCCGUAUGCGAACUGGCUGAGCGAACUGGUAAAUCAACCUCUGUGAUUCUAAGGCUGUUUAAUGAUAUUGAACACAUGGACAAAGAGUUGGAACAAAGUAUUAAUGACCUUGCUCUGCUAUGCACACAUCGUCCUUUGCGGUUUCAUCAUUGUGGAUUAUUCUAUGUUAACUUUCAGAUGGGUUUCCGCAUGAUCAUCUCUAGCUUCCUGUAUUUACUUUGGUUAGUUCAAUUUGAUUUCAGAAAUCUGUAA